AAGAAGGACAAAAAGAAUUUCAUUUGGACUUGUAAAUGUCUUUCAAAAUGCCAAAAUGCAAUCGUCUUCCCAUAGAUGGAGGAGGCACUCGUAGCUACCACUACUGGAGAAGUUUGAUCGUUUUUCGAAUUUUUACUGUCCAGCGUACCUAGUUUUUACACCCAAUUUCCAAUUUGAUUUGACAAUGUCUUUAUAUUUUUCUAUGUCCUUGUCGAGAUGGCCUUCCCAAACGAAGCUGCCCACCUUUGUGGAUCCUACCGAGAAAUAUCUGCUCUCAAAACGACAAGAAAUAAACCGACAGCCGGCCGGCGACACCGCCAUGGAGAACAUGUACUUGCUAGGAAGCGGAUCUGCGGAUCCGGAUUCCUUGGUUUGCGUCAACCCGCACGAGGUCAACCCGCUGGACGGUUCCCGAUUGGCCUGUGCAACCCUCACCGCAGACGUACCCCUCAAGGUCGAAUCCAGCGCCUCAUCACAAGGCCCGGACGAAAUAAGCUGUGGUGGGUUUUACCAGCCCCAGAAGAAAAUCAAAUUGGAAAUGGAGGAAUUCAGCGAUCUGUCGCAUUUCGUCUUGCCAAAACGAACGAAUGCAAACUCUGCGGAUGAACUCAAUACUCCAAUAUUUGAUAAGGAUGCUUUUGAUUUCACGAAUUACGAGAAAAAUGUCCAAGCUGACUUGCACGUCCAACUGAGAUACGACGCGACAUCCGGUGUAGGCGGCGCUCAAACGUCGAGCGCCGCCGCGCGUCAGCCGCGCCAACUACACAACAACAAGGACGUUUUCUUGCAACCAGAUUCAACGCAUCAUCGAAACGUAACCGCGUUACCAUUAGAUAGUAGGCAUUACGCCGACGCGCCUGCGUACUCGCCGGCCGCGUCGGAAAACGGUACAUACAGCGUGUCCCCAACCGAUGCCGCAAUGCCAUUGGCCUACGACAUGACUAAUAGUGUUAGUGUUAAUCUAGAUUGUAAUAACCAGUACGGACUCAUCACUCCCGAAGGGAGCGAGAAAUCUUAUAAUCCCGACGAGGACGCGAAGGAUAGAAAGACGUUGUUCAAAGCCCGAACGACGGGAACUCCGAAAUUGUCUUUGGACAUUAAUUUGGGGAAUUUGUUCAAUACCAACAUCUUGGACGUCAGCACUCCGAAUUUGAUAGCCGAGGUCGUUAAUUUGGAAGCCACCGGUUUCAACAUUUUGGAUCUCGUUAACGAGGACAACCUCGCCCUCACCAACGACCUCUUCCCGAAUUUGUACGCCAGCGAUAACCAGGAAGCCCAACCGGCGGCCGGUUUCAAAAAGUUGGCUGUAAAACAGCCGAGGAAACGGCGCUCGAAGAAGUACGAAGACGACGACGACGAGGAUUACAUACCUCCCGGUAAGAAGGUUUACAAGCGCGCCGAGGAGUACUCGGACUCGGAGAGCGACGAUGAAAGAGCCCGGCCCAGGAAGAAGGCCAGAGGAAGGCCGCCGAAGAGAACCGAGUCCUUUUCCUCGGAUUGCUCCGUGGGGAGGGACGGCGAUGUUUCAAAGUACAGGGAAUUGAGAGACAAAAACAACGAAGCGUCUCGAAAGUCGAGGUUGAAGAGGAAGAUGAAGGAACUGGAAAUUGAGAAGGAGAACGAGGAAUUGCAUAACAAAAACAUUAAACUUAAAGCACAAGUGGAAGAACUAGAAAAAAUGGUGAAUAACUUCAGAGAUAAUCUGUUUAAAAUAAUGAUUAAUAAAUAAUGAUAGUACUGUAAACAUAGUUUGUUGCGUACGUUAGGUUAAGUACUAAGGUGUUUAGAUAUUUUUGUUAUAUACCUAUUAAUUUAAUUUUAAUGGAAAUUGGAUUUGUGUUCGACUAUUUUUGCUAGUUUUUUGUUAAUCCCAAUGAGAUUUUGUAGUGAGUUUUGUUCUAUUUUUCACCGGCAGAUCUUACAUUAAGAUCCACUUUGUGUUUUAUCCGUACAGUGUCAGAGACUCUUUAGUUUUUUAAGCACUAGCACUAUUUUGUAUUCUUAUAUUUUUUAUUACUUACAAAAAUGUAUGUACCUGUAAUUAUUUACAUGAUUAAAAUUUUGUAGCAUUGAAAACGACCGUUUCAAUUGUUAGGAUGAAGGAUGUUUGGUUAGACAUUAAAUACGUUACAUAUAUAUUUUAAUAAAAAAUAAAUAAUAUUUACUUAGAAUGUAUUAUGAUGAUAAAUAACAUCAAUUAUAAACAAAACAUUUAUAUACAAAUUAUAUUUUCCUUCAAAUAAUAAAUUGAGAAAAAG